UCAUUGGAAUUCAGUUUCAAUCAAUUGGCCCAUCAUAACAUUCGGCAAAUCAAGUGUUUUUCUUUCAAGGUGUCAAGGUGUUCUAUCUAUAAACAGAACGAUUUUUGGAGAAAUAAAAUUCUCAAUCAGGACUUUUAAGCGGAAUAAUAAAAAGUUUUAACAAAAUGAUCCGACCGAAGAGAAAGUUUUGGUCAUCCAAUUUUCUAUUCAUCGGAAUAGCGGGGACAGUUUUAGUCGCAUUAAUUCCAAUAUUUAUUGAACCAUAUUUAAAUAGCAAAAAAUAUAAUGAAAUUCAAAAAAAGACUCGAGCAAAUAUCAUACAAGAAGAUGUCCAACCUGGAAAUAUGCGAGUUUGGUCUGAUCCAUUCGGUAGAAAGAAGGACGAUGAUGAAUGAAGAGAGUGGUUUAUUGUAAAUUAAAAUCCAUAUUAGUUAAUUUCGAUUGUAAUGUUCUUUUCAAAUGAAAAUAAAUAAAAAAAUAAAUAAAAUUGUUGAAAAAGCAUUCAUAGCGAAAAAGA